GACAAAACGAAAACGUCGGAGGAAAGUAACCAUAACAGCCAGCCAGUUCACAGUGGGUCUGAAGCCUCGACUGUACACGAUGAGGGAACAUCUUCGGAGAACAUCACUUAUUGUGUCUGCCAGCCCAGUGACCAACCUGAGGUUAUAUUGAUCGCAGACCUCCGCGAAAACAAUGCAAAUUUUCGUGGAAAUACCGUGGUCGAGUGUCUAACCAAAUCUAGCCAUCGGGUGGAAGUGCGAUCUCUAUCAGUUGGUGACUACGUAUGGGUCGCCCGUAAGAUUGAUGGCACUGAGAUUAUCCUUGAUUGGGUUGUUGAACGAAAAACAUGGAGUGAUCUUCAUCAAAGCAUCAGAUCGGUAUGGUUCAAGUUUUGCACGAAAAGUGUCCAGAAAAAAUGUAUAGAAAAGAAUAAAAUAUUCAAGUAG